CGCGCCGCGCCGGGCCUGCUCGCUGGGCCGCGGAGCUCGCCGCCCCACCUCCGCCUGAACCGACCUUUCCUGUCUCCCCCAAACCCCGCCCGCUGCUCCGCCGCCUUCGCGCAGAGGCCAUGGAGGACGAGGAGCGACAGAAGAAGCUGGAGGCCGGCAAAGCGAAGCUUGCCCAGUUUCGACAAAGAAAAGCUCAGUCUGAUGGGCAGAAUCCUACCAAGAAGCAGAAAAAAAAGCGGAAGACCUUAAGCAGUAAACAGGAUGUGUCAGCGUAUGAUGGCCUGAAUGUCGACCAGACACAGAGUGAGGAGAAGCGCAUGAACAGUUGUCAGGGAGCGGGACCCACGGGGACUCCUGAAUCCACAGAGAGCCGAACUCUGCACAGUGGAGAGAUAAUCAAGGCCAAGCAGGUCUUCUCUGCUGAACCGGAGAGUGAAAUUUCAACCACAGCAGAUGAUUAUAGUUCAGAGGUAAAUGGUUGCAGUUUUGUGGUGAGAACAGGAAUGCCUACAGAUUUAUUAAGGGAAGAAGAAUUCGGUGUUGAUGAUUCUUACUCUGAGCAAGGAGCACAGUAUAGUCAGACCCACCUAGAGAUGAUGGAAAGUGAACUGACUGGGAAGCAGCAAGAGAUUGAAGAGCUAAGCAGAGAACUGGAAGAACUGAGGGCCACCUACGGGACUGAAGGACUGCAGCAGUUACAAGAAUUCGAAGCUGCCAUUAAACAAAGAGAUGGCAUCAUCACCCAGCUUACUGCCAAUUUACAGCAGGCAAGAAGAGAAAAAGAUGAGACAAUGAGAGAAUUUUUAGAGUUGACAGAACAAAGCCAAAAAUUACAGAUUCAAUUCCAGCAUUUACAGGCCAGUGAAACUCUGAGAAAUAGCACUCACAGUAGCACGGCUGCAGAUCUAUUACAAGCCAAACAACAGAUCCUCACUCAUCAACAGCAGCUGGAAGAACAAGAUCACCUAUUAGAAGAUUAUCAGAAAAAGAAAGAAGACUUCAAAAUGCAGAUUAGUUUCUUGCAAGAGAAAAUUAAAGUGUAUGAAAUGGAGCAAGAUAAAAAAGUAGAAAAUUCAAAUAAAGAAGAAAUACAAGAAAAGGAGGCAAUCAUUGAAGAAUUAAAUACAAAAAUAGUAGAAGAAGAAAAAAAAACUCUUGAGCUAAUGGAUAAAGUAACAGUUUCUGAUAAAUUAUUAGGAGACUUACAAGAACAGAUUACACAAAAGAACCAAGAGAUUAAAAAUAUGAAAUUAGAGCUGACCAGUUCUAAGCAAAAAGAAAGACAGUGUUCUGAGGAAAUAAAACAGUUGAUGGGGACAGUUGAAGAACUUCAGAAGAGAAAUCACAAAGAUAAUCAAUUCGAAGUUGAUAUAGUACAAAGAAUGGAACAAGAUACACAAAGAAAGUUGGAACAACUUCGGGCAGAGUUGGAUGAGAUGUAUGGGCAGCAGAUAGUGCAUAUGAAACAAGAAUUAAUAAAACAACACAUGUCACAAAUAGAAGAACUUAAAACACGACAUAAAGGAGAAGUGGAGAGUGCUUUGAAAUCAUAUCCACAUACUACGGUUAAUGAAGAUCAAGUAAAGUUAAUGAAUAUGGCAAUGAAUGAAUUAAACAUAAAGCUGCAAGACACUAACUCUCAAAAGGAGAAACUCAAGGAGGAACUAGGAGUAAUUUCAGGAGAGAAGUCUGCCCUACAGAGACAGCUUGAAGACCUUUUUGAAGAAUUGAGCUUUUUAAGGGACCAGGUUCAGAGAGCUAGACAGACAAUAUCUGAACAAGAAAGUAAACUGAAUGAAGCCUACAGGUCCCUUGGUACAGUGGAAGAUUUGAAAGCUCAGAUUGUUUCUGCAUCUGAAUCCAGGAAGGAACUAGAAUUAAAACAUGAGGCAGAAGUGACAAAUUACAGGAUCAAACUGGAGAUGUUGGAAAAAGAGAAGAAUGCUGUGCUAGACAGAAUGGCUGAGUCACAAGAAGCCGAACUAGAGAGACUUAGAACACAACUUCUGUUUAGUCAUGAAGAGGAACUUUGCAAGCUGAAGGAAGAUUUAGAAAUUGAACACCGCAUAAACACUGAAAAGCUUAAGGAAAACUUGGGCAUUCACUAUAAACAGCAGAUAGAUGGCUUACAGAAUGAAAUGAGUCAAAAGAUAGAGACCAUGCAGUUUGAAAAAGAUAACUUGAUAACUAAGCAGAAUCAGUUGAUUUUGGAAAUUUCAAAACUAAAAGAUGUACAGCAGUCCCUUGUGAAUUCAAAAUCUGAAGAAAUGACCCUUCAAAUCAGUGAACUUCAAAAAGAAAUUGAAAUACUCAGACAAGAAGAAAAGGAAAAAGGUACACUUGAACAAGAAGUUCAAGAAUUACAGCUUAAAACUGAAUUACUGGAAAAACAAAUGAAGGAAAAAGAGGAUGACCUUCAAGAAAAGUGUGCACACUUAGAAGCAGAGAAUAGCAUUCUUAAAGAUGAAAAAAAGACCCUGGAAGACAUGUUGAAAAUACGUACUUCUGUUAAUGAAGGAGAAAGAGUGAUUGUCGUGGAUCCCGUUGAGUCCAAAUCCAAAGACAGUAGCUGGCAAAACGAAAUAGAAAUACUUACAAAGCAAAAUGAGGAUCUCAAGCAAAAAUGUAUUCAGCUAAAUGAAGAGAUCGAAAGGCAAAGAAAUACAUUUUCAUUUGCUGAAAAAAACUUUGAAGUUAACUAUCAAGAAUUACAAGAAGAGUAUGCUUGCCUUCUCAAAGUAAAAGAUGAUUUGGAAGACAGUAAAAAUAAGCAAGAAUUAGAGUAUAAGAGUAAGCUUAAAGCACUUAAUGAAGAACUUCAUUUGCAAAGAAUAAAUUUACCUACUGUGAAAAUGAAAACCUCAGUUUCUGAUGAUGAGAAAACUUUGGUAACAGAGCCAUUGGAAAUUGGUGAGGUUGUUGAGAAAGAUACAACAGAACUGAUGGAAAAACUUGAGAUAACCAAGCGAGAAAAAUUAGAACUCUCAGAGAGACUGUCGGAUCUUUCUGAACAAUUAAAGCAGAAACAUGCUGAGAUUAGUUUUUUGAGUGAAGAAGUUCAAUCUUUAAAGCAGGAGAAAGAGCAGUUUUUAUUGAGGUGUAGAGAGCUUGAAAUCAUAAUUAACCAUAAUAGGACAGAAAACACACAUGUGGAUGAUGUUCCAUUAAGUUCUUUAAAAGACGGAGUUGUGACUGUGACAAGCAGGGAUUCUGGAGCAUCGGUUUCUCAGAUAAAUCAAUGUUCUGGUGAAGAAUCAAAGCUAAUGGUGGAAGACAAAAUUCCUUUUGCAAAUCUGACUCUUAGAAAAGAAAGCGAGCCAGAACGGUUGUUUUUGGAUCACUUGCCAUUGGUGACAAAUGAACCAUCAUUUGGGGCAAGUGAAUCAAGUGAAAGUGGUAAACUUCAGCAGGAACUCCGUGUACUUAAAUCAGAACAGAAUGAUUUAAGGCUACAGAUGGAAGCCCAACGCAUAUGCCUCUCCCUGGUUUAUUCAACUCAUGUGGAUCAGGUUCGUGAAUACAUGGAAAAUGAAAAAGAUGAAGCUCUUUGCAGGCUUAAAGAGGAGCUUAUUUCUGCUCAAGAGGAAAAGAUCAAGGAACUUCAGAAAAUACACCAGUUAGAGCUACAAAAUACAAAAACAAAAGAAGCAGGUGAUGAAGCAAAGCCUUUACAGGUGCUCAUUGGAAAACUUCAAAAGGCAGUAUCUGAGGAAUGUUCCUGUAUUUCACAGACUUUAUGCAGUGUCCUUGGUGAAUAUUAUACUCCUACUUUAAAAUGUGAAAAAAAUGUAGAAGAGAGAGAGAAUUCUACUGUUUUCACUUCUGAAAAUCAAGAAUCAGAAUUACAAGAUUACAGAUACAAAGUUCAAGACUUUCAAGAAAACAUGCAAACUCUUCUCAAUAAAAUAACAGAAGAAUACAACAAACUCUUACUACUUCAGACACGAUUAAGCAAGGGACAGCCAGUAGAUGGCAUGAAACUUGAAUUUGCAGGAGAAAGCCUAUCAAAAGAGGAGACAGAGUUAUUGUCAGUUCACUCUCAGAGGACCAAUUUGCAUGACAUUGAUAUCAAUCAUAAAAGCAAGUUACCUUCUUGGGAAGAUACUGAAAAGAUGAAACAACUUGAAGAACAAGUUAAAGAAUUAGAACACCUGGUAUCCUCUUUGCAGCAACAGUUGAAAGAAACUGCCGGAAGCUCUGGGACAGAAGUCCCCUGUUUGCAAGAGAGGCUUCACCCUGUUCAUGAAAGCCCACUUCAGCCAAGUUUCUCCAUUGAUUCAAUGGUGAUUACAGAGUCUGAUGGACAGAGAACAGUAUAUCCUGGAAGUUGUCGUGAAGACAGUAUUGAUGGUGCAAUAGAGUUUUCUGGUGAAUCUGGAGUGAAAGCAGAAACAAAUAUGGUUAAGAUACUGGAAAAACAGUACCAAGAACGAUUAGAAGAAGAAGUUGCUAAGGUCAUUGUGUCAAUGAGUAUAGCAUUUGCUCAACAAACUGAAUUGUCUAGAAUAUCUGAGGGAAAAGAAAAUGCUGCAUCAUCAAAGCAAACACAUACUCUCUGCCAGCAAGAACAGCAUUUUAAUGAAAUGAAAUUACCAAAGGGUCAAGCUGAUCUUCAGAGUUUUGAGGGAACGGAGAUGAAAUUUAAAGAAGAAUUUAAACCACUUAGUAAAGAGUUAGGAGAAGAUGAAGCAGAAGUUCUGUUAUCAAAUAAUGAUGACCUUGCUCGUAUACUAGAAUCAAAGGACCGUGAACUGACUAUUUCAGAAGAAAUGUUCUCCAAAGAUAGGACAUUUAUAGUCAGAGAAUCUAUUCAUGAUGAAAUUUUGGUAUCAAACAUGGAGGCUUCUAGACAGCUAAUGUUGAAUGAAGAACAGUUGGAAGAUAUGAGACAAGAACUUGUACGACAGUACCAAGAACAUCAGCAGGCAAUGGAGCUGUUAAGGCAGGCACACAUGCGACAGUUGGAGAGGCAGCGGGAAGACCAGGAACAGCUUCAGGAGGAAAUUAAGAGACUUAACAGACAGUUAUCCCAGAGAUCCUCAAUAGAUAAUGAAAACCUGGUUUCAGAGAGAGAGAGGGUGCUUUUAGAGGAGCUGGAAGCGCUAAAGCAGCUGUCUUUAGCUGGAAGAGAGAAGCUGUGCUGUGAGCUGCGCAGCUGCAGUACGCAAACACAGAAUGGAAAUGAAAACCAUGGGGAAGUUGAGGAGCAGACAUUUAAAGAAAAGGAAUUGGACAGAAAACCUGAAGAUGUUCCUGCUGAUAUUCUGUCCAAUGAAAGGUAUGCACUCCAGAAAGCUAAUAAUAGACUUCUCAAGAUCCUCUUGGAAGUUGUAAAGACAACAGCAGCUGUUGAAGAAACUAUUGGCCGCCACGUCCUUGGCAUCCUGGACAGAUCUAGUAAGGUACAGCCAUCAGGCAGCCUGAUCUGGAGGUCAGAAGCAGAGGCAUCUGGGAAGUCCUGUGUCCAUGAGGAACACAUAAGAGUUACAGAUGAAUCCAUACCCUCUUAUUCUGGAAGUGAUGUGCCAAGAAGUGACAGUAGCAUGUGGUCAAAAGUAACUGAGGAAGGAACAGAGCUGUCACAGCGGCUUGUGAGGUCUGGUUUUGCUGGGUCUGAAAUAGAUCCUGAAAAUGAAGAACUGAUGCUGAACAUUAGUUCUCGACUCCAGGCAGCAGUUGAAAAACUCCUGGAAGCCAUAAGUGAAACUAGUAGUCAGCUUGAACAUGCAAAAGUUACCCAGACAGAGUUGAUGCGUGAAUCAUUCAGACAGAAACAGGAAGCAACAGAGUCCCUUAAGUGCCAAGAAGAGCUGCGAGAACGGCUUCAUGAGGAGGCCCGGGCCAGAGAACAGCUGGCCGUGGAGCUCAGCAAGGCCGAGGGUGUCAUCGAUGGCUAUGCAGACGAAAAGACAAUAUUCGAGAAGCAAAUUCAGGAAAAAACCGAUAUAAUAGACCGUCUUGAGCAGGAGCUGCUGUGUGCAGGUAGUAGACUGCAAGAGCUAGAAGCGGAGCGACAGCAGAUUCAGGAUGAGAGGGAAUUACUGUCCAGACAGAAGGAGGCCAUGAAAGCAGACGCAGGCCCAGUUGAACAACAGUUUCUACAAGAGACAGAAAAAUUAAUGAAGGAAAAACUAGAAGUACAGUGUCAAGCCGAAAAAGUACGUGAUGACCUUCAGAAACAAGUGAAAGCUCUAGAAAUAGAUGUCGAGGAACAAGUCUGUAGGUUUAUAGAGCUGGAACAAGAAAAAAAUGCUGAGCUAAUGGAUUUAAGACAACAAAACCAAGCCCUGGAAAAACAGUUAGAAAAAAUGAGAAAAUUUUUAGAUGAGCAGGCCAUUGAUAGAGAACAUGAGAGAGAUGUAUUCCAACAGGAGAUACAAAAGCUAGAACAGCAACUUAAGCUUGUUCCUCGUUUCCAGCCAAUCAGUGAACAUCAAACUAGAGAGGUUGAACAAUUAACAAAUCAUCUGAAGGAAAAAACAGACAAGUGCAGUGAACUUUUGUUGUCUAAAGAGCAGCUACAAAGGGAUGUACAGGAACGGAAUGAAGAAAUUGAGAAACUAGAGUGCAGAGUAAGGGAACUGGAGCAAGCCUUGCUUAUCAGUGCAGACACUUUCCAAAAGGUGGAGGACCGAAAACAGUUUGGAGCUGUAGAAACUAAAGCAGAAUUGUCCUUAGAAGUACAGUUGCAGGCUGAGCGAGAUGCCAUAGACAGAAAGGAGAAAGAGAUCACAAACUUAGAAGAACAAUUAGAGCAGUUUAGAGAAGAGCUGGAAAAUAAGAAUGAAGAAGUCCAGCAGCUACAUAUGCAGCUAGAGAUACAGAAAAAGGAAUCCACUACCCGCCUGCAAGAACUUGAACAAGAAAACAAAUUAUUUAAGGAUGAAAUGGAGAAACUGGGAUUUGCCAUAAAGGAAUCUGAUGCUGUAUCUCCUCAGGACCAACAGGUGCUGUUUGGAAAAUUUGCUCAAAUAAUACAGGAAAAAGAGGUGGAAAUUGACCGAUUAAAUGAGCAAAUUAUAAAACUUCAACAGCAACUUAAAAUUACAACAGAUAACAAGGUCAUUGAAGAAAAAAAUGAACUGAUAAGGGAUCUUGAAGCCCAGAUAGAAUGUUUGAUGAGUGAUCAAGAACGUGUGAAGAAAAAUAGAGAAGAAGAAAUAGAGCAGCUCAAUGAAGUGAUUGAAAAGCUUCAACAGGAAUUGGCAAAUAUUGACCAGAAGACCUCCGUGGACCUCAGUUCCCUACCAGAGGAAGCAGACAGCUUGAAGCAUCAGUUGGAUAAGGUGAUCGCAGAAAAGCUGGCCUUGGAGCACCAAGUCGAAACCACCAAUGAAGAAAUGGCUGUCACGAAAAAUGUACUUGAACAAACCAAUUUUAAAAUGAAUCAGCUAACCCAAGAAUUAUGCAGCUUAAAGAGAGAACGUGAAAAUAUGGAGAGAAUCCAGAGUGUACCAGAGAAAAGUGUUAACAUGAGUGUGGGUGAUCUGAGCAAAGACAAACCUGAGCUGGACCUAAUCCCUGCUGAGGAUGCUUUAGCACAGCUAGAAACUCAGACUCACCUCAGAUCUUUAGAAGAAAACAGCAAAGUUUCCUUGAGUAGUUUGGAAACAAAGUUGCUUCAGUUGGAGAGCACUGUUAGCACAAAGGACUUGGAACUUAUCCAGUGUUAUAAACAAAUACAAGACAUGCGAGAGCAAGGCCAAUCUGAAACAGAGAUGCUGCAAAAGAAGAUUGUAAGCCUACAGAAAGUCCUUGAGGAAAAGGUGGCUGCUGCUCUUGUGAGUCAAGUUCAGCUUGAGGCAGUUCAGGAGUAUGUGAAGCUCUGUGGAGAUAAACCAGCAGUUUCCUCAGACCCCACAAGGACAGAGGUACCCAGUUUAAGUCAACUGGCAGGAAACACCAUGGAGCCCGAUGUACCCGCGCUAACCUUGAGAAUCUCAGAGUUAGAAAGCCAGCUGGUGGAAAUGCAUUCUAGUUUGAGUUUAGAGAAAGAGCAAGUAGAAAUCGCAGAGAAAAAUGCUUUGGAAAAAGAAAAGAAACUGCAAGAGCUACAGAAGCUUUUGGAGGACAGUGAGGCAAAGCAGAGAGAGAGAGAAAGGAGAAGCAGCCUUCAUGGAGAUCUUGGAGUUCUCGAGUCAACUAAGAGUGAAGAAAGUGGAGUUUUUGGAGAACUUGAGGCUCUUAGAGCUGAGUCAGCAGCUACCAAAGAAGAACUUGCCAAUUACAAAGAAUUGGCAGAAAAACUUCAAGAAGAGCUUUUGGUGAAAGAAACAAAUAUGGAAUUUCUUCAAAAAGAGUUAAGCCACGUUAGGGAUCAGCUCACCGAGGCAGAAGACAAAUUAUCCCACUUCUCAGAAAAAGAAGAUAAGACUGAGGUACAAGAAAACGGGACGAUCUGCAUACUAGAGCCAUGUCCUGGUAAAAUAGGUGAAAGCUUUGCCUCCCAGACAGAAGGGGCUGUCCAAGUGAACAGCCACACCCAGACUCCACAGAUUCCUGUUAGAAGUGUGGGAAUCCAAACCGAUUUGCAGAGUGACGGUUCUUCCGAAGAAGUCACUGAAAUAAUCAGUCAGUUUACUGAAAAAAUUGAGCAGAUGCGAGAGCUACAUGCUGCUGAAAUUUUGGAUAUGGAGUCCAGACAUAUUUCAGAAACAGAAACUUUGAAGAGGGAACACUGCAUUGCUGUUCAGUUACUGACAGAGGAGUGUGCUACCUUGAAGUCGCUGAUACAGGGUCUGAGAAUGCCAGAGGGUUCCUCAGUUCCUGAAUUAACACAUUCUAAUGCUUACCAAACUAGAGAAGUAGGUUCCAGUGAUUCUGGAUCAGACUGGGGUCAGGGCAUUUAUCUUACACAGAGUCAGGGAUUUGACACAGCAUCAGAAGGCCGCGGAGAAGAAGGUGAAAGUUCCACAGAUUCAUUUCCAAAGAAAAUAAAGGGAUUACUGAGAGCUGUCCACAACGAGGGCAUGCAGGUGCUUUCUCUCACUGAGAGUCCCUAUGGCGAUGGAGAGGACUAUACUGGUCAUCAGCUUUCAGAAUCGUGGCUGGAAGAGAGAAGAGCUUACCUCAGUACAAUCUCAUCUCUCAAGGAUUUCAUUACCAAAAUGCAAGUGCAAAGAGAGGCGGAGGUUUAUGACAGUUCUCAAUCUCAUGAGAACAUCUCAGACUGGCGAGGUGAACUUCUACUUGCCCUUCAACAAGUUUUUCUAAGGGAACGCAGUGUAUUACUAGCUGCAUUUAAGACCGAGCUGACAGCUUUAGGUACUAGAGAUGCAGCUGGAUUAUUAAACCGUUUGGAACAGCGAAUACAAGAACAGAGUAUUGAAUAUCAAACAGCUAUGGAAUGUCUACAGAAAGCCGACAGAAGGAGCUUGUUGUCUGAAAUUCAAGCAUUGCAUGCUCAGAUGAAUGGUAGGAAAAUGAUUCUGAAAAGAGAACAAGAAAGCAAUAAACCAAGCCAAGAGCUCCUGGAGCACAACAUGCAGCAGAAGCAGGCUCAGAUGCUGGAGAUGCAGGUGGAGCUCAGCAGCAUGAAAGACCGGGCCGCAGAGCUGCAGGAGCAGCUGAGUUCUGAAAAGCUGCUGGUGGCUGAGCUCAAGAGUGAACUUGCGCAGACUAAACUGGAACUCGAGACCACACUCAAGGCGCAGCAUAAGCACCUCAAGGAGCUGGAGGCUUUCAGGUUGGAAGUUAAAGAUAAGACAGACGAAGUACAUUCACUUAAUGACACAUUAGCAAGUGAGCAGAAGAAAUCAAGAGAGCUCCAGUGGGCUUUGGAGAAAGAGAAAGCCAAAGUGGGACGCAGUGAAGAACGGGAUAAAGAAGAACUGGAGGAUCUGAAAUUUUCACUUGAGGAUCAGAAACAAAGGAAUGUUCACCUAAAUCUACUUUUGGAACAACAGAAACAACUACUAAAUGAAUCACAGCAGAAAAUAGAAUCACAAAGAAUGCUGUAUGAUGCCCAGUUAUCAGAAGAACAAGGUCGAAACUUAGAGCUUCAGGUGCUUCUUGAGUCGGAGAAGGUCCGGGUUCGGGAGAUGAGUAGCACCCUGGGUAGGGAACGGGAGCUACGUGCCCAGCUGCAGAGCACUGAUGAUAGCGGGCAGCCUCGGCCGCCCCCGCCCUCUGAGGACCUGCUGAAGGAGCUGCAGAAACAGUUAGAGGAAAAACACAGUCGCAUAGUAGAGCUGCUAAAUGAAACUGAGAAAUAUAAACUGGAUUCUUUGCAAGCGAGACAGCAGAUGGAAAAAGAUAGGCAGGUUCACAGGAAGACAUUGCAGACGGAACAAGAGGCCAACACUGAGGGGCAGAAGAAAAUGCGAGAGCUCCAGUCCAAAGUGGAAGAUCUGCAGCGCCAGCUGGAGGAGAAAAGGCAGCAAGUUUAUAAGUUGGACCUCGAAGGAAAGCGACUGCAAGGGAUUAUGCAGGAAUUCCAGAAGCAAGAACUAGAACGAGAAGAGAAACGAGAAAGUAGAAGAAUUCUGUAUCAGAAUCUUAAUGAGCCACCUACUUGGAGUUUAACCAAUGAUCGAACUAGAAAUUGGGUUCUUCAGCAGAAAAUGGAAGGCGAGACAAAGGAAUCAAGCUGUCCUAAACUGAUUGAAAUGAAUGGAGGUGGAACUGACUGUGACCCCGAAAUAGAAAUGAUCAGACAAAAGCUUCAGCAUGUGGCUUCAAAACUACAGCAUCUAUCCCAGAAAGCCUGUAAUAGACUACAGUUUGAAACAGCAGAUGAUGAGGAUUUCAUUUGGGUUCAGGAAAAUAUUGAUGGGAUUAUUUUACAGCUGCAGAAAUGGACUGGCCAGCUGCGUGAAGAGCCUAGCAUAGUGUCCCCAAGUACUCCUUGUGGCUCACUGACUGAGAGACUACUGAGACAAAACGCUGAGCUGACAGGCCACAUCAGCCAACUCACCGACGAAAAGAAUGACUUGAGGAACAUGGUUAUGAAGCUGGAAGAGCAGACCAGGUGGUAUCGGCAGACGGGAGCCGGCAGAGACUAUUCUUCUAGGUUUGCAUUCAAUGGUGGUGCCAGCAUUGAAGCCAUCAUUGCUUCUGAAAAAGAAGUGUGGAGCAGGGAAAAGUCAGCUCUCCAGAAAUCCCUGAAGAGGGCAGAAGCUGAAGUGUGCAAACUGAAAGCCGAGCUGAGGAAUGACGCUGUGCUGCAGCACCUGAGCCCUGAUUCUGAAAACGUUGCCUUAAAGAGAAUUUAUGGCAGAUACCUGAGGGCAGAGAGUUUCCGAAAAGCACUCAUUUAUCAGAAGAAAUACCUGUUGCUGUUACUGGGCGGGUUCCAGGAGUGUGAAGAUGCCACCCUCGCCCUGCUCGCCCGCAUGGGGGGGCAGCCAGCCUUCACGGACCUGGAGGUGAUCACCAACCGGCCCAGGGGCUUCACCCGCUUCCGUGCGGCCGUAAGAGUAUCCGUUGCGAUUUCAAGAAUGAAGUUUUUGGUUCGACGAUGGCAUCGAGUCACAGGUUCCGGUUCCAUCAAUAUUAACAGGGAUGGCUUUGGACUGAAUCCAGGUGCUGAAAAGACAGACUCACUUUAUCAUUCUUCUGGUGGGCUGGAGCUAUACGGAGAACCAAGACACACAACCUACCGUUCUAGAUCAGAUCUGGACUAUCCUCGGUCACCUUUGCCGUUUCAAAACAGGUAUCCAGGCACCCCAGCUGAUUUCAACCCAGGUUCCCUAGCAUGUUCUCAGCUUCAGAACUAUGAUCCCGACAGGGCCCUAACAGAUUACAUCACUCGGCUUGAGGCGCUGCAGAGACGGCUGGGAACCGUACAGUCAGGUUCCACUCCUCAAUUUCAUGCUGGCAUGAGAAGAUAAUCCUUUGAAACAUCAUUAACUGAAGUGAUUUUAAGCAAGCUCCCUUUUGUAAAUCAAUGGUUCUUUUGUGCUUUUGUAUUGUGAAUAUUCACUGGGACCAGUAGGCACACAGCUUAUGAUUGUAUACAAAUCCCUUGCCAGCACAUGAAAGCAAACUGGAAUUUGUAUAUAUACGCAUUGUGUAUGUAUCCAUGCACAAUCAUCAAAUUACCUGUAUAUUUGUGGAAUGCUAAUUUAAAUGAUUAAAUUAUGAACCUUGUGUAUUUCUUGGGUGGGUGAGAUUAAACUUUUGCGCAUUAUGAUGCUGCUGAACGUGUAGCUUGCAGUGCCCUGCACUUUUCUCCCAAGGCCACUGAAGUUACAUGUUUCUGCCUAAUAUAUUUGCUACUGGUGAUGAAGACAGAUACUGUCACUUGUAGAGCCCUAUUUUUGUAUAAUGGUAGAAGUUUUGAAUUUUAUGGGGUAUUUUGUCAAGUACUGAAAUAAAAAUGACUUCACCAUUUUCACCACACUGUUUGAACCUCUUCAUUUCUGUAUGAGCUGUAGUUCUUGGUACCGGUCUCAUUACUUAUGUCACAUAUGUAGGACUUAUGGGUUUGGAGAAAGAGUUGUGCUAAUCUUGAAAGUGCAUACUGCUGAGGGCC